AUGCUAUCUAUCGACAUCUGCUGGAGUUUCCCGGUCAAGUCUCCCCCAACGCCCACAGUUCAUUCCUCUUCGAAUAAAUACCCUCCUGCCUUCUCUACUAUGUCUUCCUUCACCCUACAGAAAGCACUGCUAUCCCUCCUGCUCCUAGCAAACGUUGCUAUCGCCGUCCGCUUCAGUUUCACCAUCCAGGAAGUACACGUCGGCGUCACCCGUGACUUGCAAGAAGACGACCUGCUUCUCGCCAUCGCCUCAACAGCAGGCAGCAACACCAUCAAGAACUCUUGGCUUGUUGGCGAGGUCGAAGCCGAUGCUAUCGUUGCGGCAAACGAUACCGUCAAGUACACGCAGGAGAUCGAUGUUCCCGAUUCUGCUUCGAACCUGUCUGUAGCCAUUGGUGGCUUGAAUACCGAUGAUGAAGAUGAGGAGUUGGCUUUCAGUAAGCAGUUCGUCGAUAUGUGCCCCAUUACUACUAACGCUUUACCAGACUUUGUGGAAGGCAUAGCCGCCGUCGCUGCCGCAAUCCCAGGUCCGCAAGCCCUCCCAGCUAGACUACUCAGCAUCGUGCUCGGUGUCAUCGGAAACCCCUUAAACUGCACCGGUCCAGUCAUCGUUGGUAAUGCUCUGUAUACCAAAGACCAGAUGGACGAGCUUGAGCAGAACAAGCCCACAUGCGACACAAAGGAGUACGGAUACGACACCCCAUUCGCUUGUGCACCUACCGGUCAAAAUUCGAGCUACAGUGUCACUUACUGCCUUGAGCGGCUUGACGCCAAGUCUGCCGCAGCUGCCAGCUCACCGAGUCUGGCUGCUCUGGUUAUGAGCAUUGCGGGUGCUAUUGUCUACAGCGGUUUGUGA